AUGCCAUCGCACACCCGCCCAUCACGUGUUCCGAGAACUGCCGGCGGCCAAUUCGCACGACAUAGUGACGAGCAUGCGUCGCUCGCAAAAGCAGCUUCAGCUUCAGCGUCACCGCCAGCAGCGCGAUCGUCGGCCAACCAUCAUCAACACACACCACCCCAUCCCCGUGACGCCGCCAUCAUCGCCGACAGUGACUCCAACGGCUUUCAUGAAGAAGAAGGACGGCCGGCGAAGAAGAGGCGGUUGACCAUACGCCAUAGGCACAAUAGUAGCGAGCAUCUCCCCAUCGCCCAAUCAUCGGCCGAGACGAAGCCGCCUACCAAAGUCACCGUCGCACAACCACAUGGCCAGCUACUGGAGACACUGAACGGUGUGCGCACUGCCCUCAACGUCGAUGAGGAUGCCGUCGCGGAACAUGGCAGCGAGGGUGGCCCGCCGGCACAGCGCAUACUUCCACCCCCUAAGCCCGCUCCGCCGCCUAACACGAAGGAGGACAAGCGGACACUACGAUCACAUGACGAGGGGCCUAGGCUGAAGAGCGAAUUGGCCGUCUAUUUUCCCAACUUCGAGGAUGUCAUCUUCGGUGUGGAGAAGGAGGAGGAGUUCAUCACUACAGAUACCGUCCUGUACGUGACGGAUGAUGCACCGAAGCAGUCACCACACACCCACACAACGCCGCACAAAGCCGCACCACUCCGUCCUGAUGACGCCACCAACGGUGUCUCUACUACGCCUAUACGCACGCUUACAGAUCAGCACAAUGGCUGCCCCACUGUCGACCUUGAUGUCCUAGCCCGCAACAUCCCGCCCUACUCCGAAGACCCCCUCUCCGACACUUACUACGGCAAGUCCCACCGCCGCGCCGAGCGUCGCGAAAAGCAACUCCGGAACAUUGAGAAGGAGCGAGCGAUGCACGAGAAAGUGCAGCUUGAGCGACUGCUUGAAGGACUACAAGGCCACGACUGGCUGAAAGUGCUCGGCAUCACUGGCAUCACGGAUGGCGAGGCGAAGAAGUAUGAGCCGAAAAGGGAUUACUUUAUUGAGGAAGUGAAGGCACUUGUCGAUAAGUUUCGCCUGUGGAAGGAGCAGGAGAGGAAGCAGAAGAUGGAGAGAGAUGCUGCUGCUGCGCGGGACGCUGGGGAGACGGAGGGAGAGGAGAGCGGCGAGGGCAGCGUUGAGCCGCCUAGUAGUGAGAUGAAUGCGAGAGCUUCGCGGCAGCUGCAGCAAGAGACGAUGGAGGCUGUGAAGAGUGGGUUUAAGAUCCGGCUUGGGAAGCGUCCGUCAGGAGCAGGAACAUCAGUAUCCGCCACGCCGACGCCAACCCCAACUUCGCAUCCUCUUCCUCCGCCCCCACUGCCGGUGCCGUAUGUGCCUCCCGAGCCGAUGACAAGCUUCUAUGCCAAACGCCAUCUCCGCGACGCUGCAUUGGGGAAGGCACGGCAUGGCAGGAACGUCACGGCAUUUGGACAUCCCAUUCCAGAGGUCGCGUUAGCGGUGGAGAAGGAGUUCGAGUUGCCGGAGGAGUUUGUUACUCAGGACACGCUGAGAGCGAACGCGAGGGAGAGGAGGAGGCGGAAGAGAGCUGGGAUUGUGGAUGCGGCGGGUGCAGCUGAGGUCGGGAGCAGAGCGUUAGGGGUAUGA